AUGACGUCAUCGACGGCGGCGGUAACGGCAGCGAUCGAGAGGUUUCCGGUUGAGAUCUGUAAGGGAAUGAAUGGCCUCGAGAAGGUUGUCCUUCGAGAAGUCCGGGGAAGCUCCGCUGAGGUUUAUCUUUAUGGAGGACACAUAACAUCAUGGAAGAAUGAUCAUGGGGAGGAGUUGCUUUUUGUGAGUAGUAAGGCCAUUUUCAAACCUCCAAAACCAAUUCGUGGAGGGAUCCCUAUAUGCUUUCCACAAUUCUCCAACCAUGGCUCUCUUGAGCAGCAUGGAUUUGCUAGAAACAGGUUUUGGAGCAUUGACACUAAUCCCCCUCCAUUUCCAACCAACUCCUCCACUAAGACGUUUGUUGACUUGAUUCUCAAACCCACCGAAGAGGACAUGAAAAUCUGGCCUCAUAGUUUUGAGUUCCGCUUACGGGUAACUUUGGGACCUUCUGGAGAUCUUAUGUUGACUUCUCGUAUCAGGAAUACCAACACUGAUGGAAAGCCUUUUACAUUUACAUUUGCAUAUCACACCUAUUUCUCUGUUUCAGAUAUCAGUGAAGUACGUGUCGAAGGAUUGGAAACUCUAGAUUAUCUUGAUAAUCUGCAGAACAAGCAACGCUUCACUGAACAGGGGGAUGCAAUCACUUUCGAAUCAGAAGUGGACAAAAUAUACCUCAGCACGCCCACAAAGAUUGCAAUUCUAGAUCAUGAAAAGAAACGGACAUUUGUGAUCCGUAAAGAUGGGCUUCCUGAUGCAGUUGUAUGGAAUCCUUGGGAUAAGAAGGCAAGGGCAAUGGCUGAUUUUGGAGAUGAUGAAUACAAGCACAUGCUGUGUGUUGAGGCUGCUGCAGUGGAAAAACCUAUCACUUUGAAGCCUGUGGGCAGCUUGAUCCUCGGAGAGUCCUGGGCGGCUGAAAACCUGAUAUGCCCAUUUUAUCAUGUACAGGUGCCCCCUACUGCUAUAUGGGGCUAG